AUGAGCGAGCCUCUGGCGCAGCAGAUCAUUCUGCUGCAAACUAUCGAGCGAAGUCUCACUAAUUUUAAGAAGAUCGGCAAGAACAAUUACACUGCCGCAAAAAUUCGGCAACGGAUCGGGACCUUGAAGGAGAACUGGACUACCUGUGUGAACAAACACGCCAACCUCGUGCAGAUCGUCCCACUAGAGCAACGAGCUAACAUCAGCUACUUCCGAGACGCCGAGUUCGAGCGUCACCAGGAGAUUUACGAAGGCACGCUGGACUACAUGGCCGACUGCCUCGAGGAGCUGGAACCUGCACCAUCGAUGUCAUCGUCUCCGCUGCAUCCGAUGACGCCGAUUAGUCGAAGUGCACGUAUCCGCCUUAUUCGAUCUUCCGACGGCUACGCGCGAGUCCGCGUGCGAACUCAACAACUUCGCGACAAAGCGAAUCGGGCUAUCGCCUCGCUGAGAGCUCUUCAGCGGUCGCCCGAGGAGAUGCUCAGUGACAUUCUCGUUCACUGCGUGUCGCAAAAAUUGGAUCAUGCUACUCGGAAGGCAUGGCGAUUGAAAACCGGUGAGGACCCGCAAAUUCCGUUGUUCGAAGCUCUCGAUCGGUUCCUCGAGAUGCGUGUUCGCGCGCUUGAAGAAUUGUCACCGUCGAAAGCGGAAAAAAUGCGUGGGCAAAAGGUGUCAAGCGCGUCAGCGACCGUUUCAAAACUCGCGUGUCCUUUGUGUCAAGCUGCGCAUUUUUUGAGUAAAUGCCCGCAAUUCUUGAAGAAGACGCCGAGUCAGCGAUCUGAACUCAUUAAAUCAGCACAUCGCUGUAUUAAUUGUUUGAGCUCGAAGCACGCCGUGCAAGCGUGCCCGAGCAAAUACUCAUGUCGAAUCUGUCAAAAUAGACAUCACUCGAUGCUACAUUCUGACUCGACCUCUUCUUCUAGCAAUCCAAACUCAACGACCGUGUUAAACGCGACGUCGGAUAAAAAAGAAAACGACUCAGAUCUUGCGCUCGCGGAUCCGACUCCCGUCAGUGCCGAAUCUAUCGACCUCAUCAUCGGUGCGGACCUUUAUCCCGAAUUAUUGCUCGACGGUAUUCGGAAAGGAACGAGCGGACAACCGAUCGCCCAGCGGACGAUCUUCGGCUGGGUCCUCUCAGGCCCCACGUCGGAUGCCGGUGCGCCGCAUCGAUCGGUUACCGUGCAGCAUUGCGCGAGCGCGGAUACUCUCGAUCGAGAACUCAGAUGUUUCUGGGAAGUCGAAGAAGUGCCGCGUCGCGCGCUUCUCAGCCCAGAAGAACAACAGUGCGAACAGCACUUCGCACAAACACAUUCGCGCGAUGCUGACGGUCGGUACGUCGUGCGUCUGCCGUUCAGGCGCGGUCCACCAAUCGACAUUGGUGAAUCGCGUUUUAUCGCCGAGCGUUCACUCUCCAGUCUUCACCGACGAUUUCGGUCGAACGCUGUUCUAAAAUCCGAAUACGUCGAUUUCUUGCGCGAAUACGAAGCGCUCGGUCAUAUGCGUCAAAUUCCGGAUUCAGUUCUUUCCGCUCAGCACGUAUAUAUUCCGCAUCAUCCUGUCAUCCGAGACAGCAGUCUCACUACGCGAUUGAGAGUCGUUUUUAACGCGUCAAGUCGAACGACAAACUCGACUUCGUUAAACGAUCAUUUGCAUGCAGGUCCGAAACUCCAGACGGCGUUACCUGCAGUGAUCUUGCGAUGGCGGCAAUUCCGGUAUGUAUAUGCGGCGGACAUCGCGAAGAUGUACCGCCAAAUCCGUGUUGACUCUCGUGACAUCGACUUCCAGCGAAUCUUAUGGAGCGCCGGCUGCUCAGAUACCGGGCAGUCCUAUCAACUGACCACGGUUACUUACGGGACAGCGUGCGCGCCCUUUCUCGCUCUUCGGGUUAUACAACAGCUCGUGACGGACGAAGGCAGCUCGUUUCCUCUUGCCGCGCCGGUCCUGCAUGAGAACAUCUACGUCGAUGAUGUUCUGUUCGGUGCCGAUGAUAUUCCGCUUCUCAAACAAACUCGCGAUCAGGUCUGCGCUUUGCUCGGUCGGGGACGGUUCGAAUUGAGAAAAUGGUCGAGCAAUUCCGCUGCUCUGCUGAACGAUAUCGAGGUCGACAACCACGGCCUCGCGUGCGAUCGCACUCUUCGAAUCGACGAACAUCUAAGAAUCUUAGGCAUAAGCUGGAGCCCAUCUUCCGAUAUGUUUCAAUUUACCGUAACUCAUAUUCCGUCCGUUUCAAAAACCAAGCGGUCAAUACUCUCGUACGUUGCCAAAUUGUUUGAUCCAAUGGGGUGGUGCACGCCAGUAACAAUCGCUGCCAAGAUCUUUAUGCAACAAUUGUGGCAGCUUAAACUCAACUGGGACGAUGUCCUUCCGACUGACGUCCGGCAAAAGUGGGAAGCCCUUCAGGCCUCACUUGCCGAUCUCCACGGUCUCCAACUGAAUCGAUGGAUUCAGCGAGGGUCUGACACUGUCCGCUGCGAAUUGCACGGAUUUUCUGACGCGUCCACUCACGCAUACGCAGCGGCCGUGUAUCUUCGGCUCACUUCUCUCUCUGGCGAAAUCUCUUCUCACUUGCUAAUAGGCAAGUCAAAGGUCGCUCCGAUCAAGUCCCUCAGUAUUCCUCGGCUGGAAUUAUGCGCAGCCGGAUUGUUGGCUCGGCUACUCGAAUUCGUGCGAACCACUCUUGGUCUCGCCACCUCCCCGUGCUAUUGCUGGACAGACUCAACUGUCGUUUUAGCGUGGGUCACGCAACAACCGGCCAAAUGGAAGACGUUCGUCGCGAAUCGCGUAUCAGAGAUACAAUCGCGCGUUCCGAACGCGGUGUGGAACCACGUUCCCACCGAUGAAAAUCCCGCAGAUUGCGCAUCUCGCGGAAUCGCCGGGUCUCUCCUUCGAACUCACCCACUCUGGUGGUGCGGCCCCGCAUGGUUGCGUUACCCGAUCGACGAGCCGUCGACUUCUCGAUCGCACAAUUUCGAUACUCAAAUCGAACAAAAGGAGAGUAUUCAGUCUCAUUUAGCUUCGACGGAACUUGACUGCGACUUUACGAUGAGAUUUUCGUCGUGGCCUCGGUUAAUUCGCGUAACAGCGUAUAUAAUGCGCUUCAUCAAUAAAACUCGGAAGCAGUCGAUUCCCGUUGACGACGUUAGGGAGAACACACUAGCGUUAUCAGCCCGCGAAUGUCAACUCGCGAAAGAGUUUGUUCUGAGACGGAUUCAGAAAGAGCUCUUCCCUCUCGAGUUCGCUGCGCUCACAAGUCAACGAGCCAUAUCCUCGAAAAGCUCGAUUCUGUCGCUCAACCCUUUCCUCGGCGAGGAUGGAUUAAUCCGUGUUGGCGGGCGGCUUUCGCACGCGCCGCUUUCCUUUUCCGUUAAACACCCGAUUAUUCUCGCCUCGCAUCCGCUAGUCGCUUUGGUUCUGUAUCACGUGCAUUUAAAAUCUCUACACGCAGGUCUACAAUUAACGCUCGCUACGCUACGACGCGAGUAUUGGGUACUGCGCGCCCGAAGUCUCGCCAAACUCACUAUUUUUCGCUGCGUUAUUUGUACUCGAGAAAGGGCCACGAUUCCCUUCCAACAGAUGGGUGAUCUGCCUCGCGUGCGGGUGACUCCUCCCGCACGCGCUUUUCUCAAUUGCGGACUGGAUUACGCUGGUCCGGUGCUCGUACGAUCCUUGUCUGGUCGCGGAAUCCCGUCACGAAAAGCGUAUAUCGCGAUUUUUAUUUGCAUGGCGACUCGCGCCAUUCAUUUGGAGCUCGUGGAGGGCUACUCAACCUCAGCGUUUAUCGGCGCGUUUUCUCGAUUUUGUGCUCGACGCGGCCUGCCCUCGGCCAUGUAUUCAGAUAAUGGCACGAAUUUUGUGGGCGCCGAACGCGAGCUUACCGCCGCGUUUCGCGCAGCUAUCAGGGACCCGGACUUUCUCAAUCGAACCGCUUCCGAUCGAAUCACGUGGCACUUUAUGCCACCUUCCGCUCCUCAUUUCGGCGGAUUAUGGGAGGCGGGAGUACGGAGUGUAAAGCACCAUCUCCGUCGAGUGAUUGGGGCUCAUACUCUCACAUUUGAGGAAUUCUCAACAGUCUUAUGCAAUGUGGAGGCGUGUCUCAAUUCCCGACCGCUCGCUCCUCUCAACGACUCGGUCGACGAUUAUGAACCGUUAACUCCCGGGCAUUUUUUGAUCGGCUCGGCCCUGACCGCAGUUCCCGAACCUUCCGUUUUGAAUCUUCGCGAAAAUAGACUGUCGCGCUGGCAACUCGUGCGCCAGAUCUCAGAAAGAUUCUGGAAGUUAUGGCUUGACGACUAUGUAAAUACGUUACAACAGCGCGUCAAGUGGAAACGACCUGCCAAAACCGAGAUCCGCGUCGGUCAACUCGUCUUAUUGCGUAACCCUCUACUCCCCCUUGCAAAUGGGAGCUCGCUCGCGUACUACGAUGUCACACGGGUCAAGACGGAUUAA